AUGAUACUUUUGGUUAUGAAAUUUUAUCAAGACUAUGAAGAUGGUGUUAAGGACAGAGACAUCUCAGUCAGUCUGUUAGCAGUAGUCGUCAGCUUCUGCGGGCUUGCCUUGCUGGUAGUCUCUCUUUUUGUCUUUUGGAAGUUGUGUUGGCCCUGCUGGAGAAGUAAACCUCUCACUUCCAAUGCCAGUAAUGUCCCUCAGAGCAACUCCAGUGCUCCUACAGAGGUUUUUGAGACCAGUGAAAAAAAGGAAGUUAAAGAAAAUGGGAAACCUACAACAAAGGUACUUGAAGCUGCAUUGAAAAUUAGCCACACUUCACCUGAUAUACCAGCAGAGGUCCAGAACGCACUGAAAGAGCAUCUGAUCAGACAUGCACGCAUGCAGAGGCAGAUCACUGAGCCCACAUCAUCAUCAAGGCACAAUUCUUUCAGGAGGCACUUGCCAAGGCAGAUGCAAGUGUCCAGUGUUGAUUUUAACAUGGGGACAGAUCCAGUUUUGCAAAGGGGAGAGACAACAACCAGCAUUGGGAGAAUAAAACCGGAACUCUACAAACAGAAGUCUGUGGAUUCUGAUGGGCAACAAGAAGAUGUAAAAACAUGCGGAAAACUUAACUUCACUCUCCGGUACGAUUAUGAGAAUGAACUUCUGGCUGUGACAAUUGUCAAAGCCUUAGAUCUGCCUGCUAAAGACUUCACAGGAACAUCUGACCCCUACGUUAAGAUUUAUCUGCUUCCAGAUAGGAAAAAGAAGUUUCAGACACGAGUUCACAGAAAGACAUUAAAUCCUGUUUUUGAUGAAACCUUUCAGUUUCCUGUAGCCUAUGAUCAGCUCAGCAACAGGAAAUUGCAUUUCAGUGUUUAUGAUUUUGACAGAUUUUCUAGACAUGACAUGAUUGGGGAAGUUAUUCUUGAUAACCUUUUUGAAGUCUCAGAUCUCUCCAGGGAAGCCAAUGUAUGGAAAGACAUCCACUGUGCCACCACAGAAAGCAUAGAUUUGGGUGAGAUCAUGUUUUCCCUUUGUUAUUUGCCUACUGCUGGGAGAAUGACAUUAACAGUCAUCAAAUGUAGGAAUCUCAAAGCAAUGGAUAUAACUGGCGCAUCAGAUCCGUAUGUCAAAGUGUCACUGAUGUGUGAGGGUCGAAGACUGAAAAAGCGGAAAACGACCACAAAGAAGAACACACUCAAUCCCGUUUAUAACGAGGCCAUCAUCUUUGAUAUCCCUCCAGAGAAUGUGGACCAGGUCAGCCUCUCCAUUGCAGUGAUGGAUUACGAUCGAGUAGGGCACAAUGAGGUCAUUGGGGUAUGUCGGACAGGAAUUGAUGCUGAAGGGCUUGGAAGAGAUCAUUGGAAUGAAAUGUUGGCUUACCCACGUAAACCAAUAACUCACUGGCAUCCACUAGUAGAGUUACCUGGACGAGCAACCAGUUUUGAUAGCCAGGGAUCAUGUUCAUCGCCAAAACCACCGCUUACGCCCUAGGGAACGAGUGGAUUCAUCGUGUUCAGUAUCCAGUGCUCCCUUGUAGCUCACAUCUACAUAAACAGAAGGUUCAGCUUCCGCAUAUGAACUGUAUCCAUAUUUUUUUUAUUAAAAUACAUUUUUCCUAUUCUAAGUCUUAUAUUACACUUUAUAAUAGUUUCUUAAUGUAUGACUAAAGUUGACUUGAGCCAAAUAUAAUCCUUCCUCAUACAAAUUCAUUCACCUGUUUUCUCACUGGCAUAUAUCCAGUAUCAUAUCCAAGCAGUGUUUUG